CGAGGCGGGCUCAGCCCGGCGACGGAGGAGCUCUUCCAUGGGGCUGAGCGACUGGCUGGAGGCUUGGUGCUGCUGCCUUCGAGGACGAUGCCCGGGCGACGCGGCGCUUCCAGAGAAGGAGCCCCUGGUGAGUAAUAACAAUCCUUAUGCUUCAUUUGGAACAACUCAGGCAUGGGAUGAAGAGAAAAACUUGUGGAGUGCCCCUCAUGACAUCUCGCACACAGAAGCGGAUGAUGACCGGAUAUUGUACAACUUAAUUGUGGUUAGAGACAAAUUGGACAAAGAUUCUGAGGAAUGGCAAAAACUGAACUAUGACAUCUAUACCCUACGGCAAAUGCGAAGGGAAGUGAGAAACAGAUGGAAAUGCAUUUUGGAAGAUUUGGGUAAGCCAGUUAAUUUUCUGAAGGAAGCAGAUACCCUGUUAUCAGUGACCAAACGAAGCAUUGUCAGUGACUCUCAGAACAUGAGCAAAGCCCGAGAGAUCCUCUUGAAGCUGUCUGAGGAGACAGCUAUUUUCCCAACAAGCUGGGAGCUUUCAGAGAGAUACCUCUUUGUGGUGGACCGUUUAAUUGCCCUUGAUGCUGCUGAUGAAUUCUUUCGAAUUGCCAGUGCAACCUAUCCAAAGAGUGAAAGAUGUACAGUGAAAGAGGAAGUCAAUCUGAUUGCGGUCCAGUUCAGUUCUUCUCUGUCCUAACGCUGCUCACCUUUGGAUGGACUUUUGGUUUGGAAGGGGUUGGCCGGAAGUAAUGUGACUUCUUCCUUCAGAGAAACUAGUAUAUCUCAGAAGUGCAGGAUGAAUCCAGGAUGAUGUACCUGUUGUAUAGCGUGAUGCAGUAGAGACUCACCUUGACUCGGGAGGAAAGUCCAUGAUGGUGAUGAUUGGAGUCUGCUAUAAGCUUUGGUGCUAGAUUAGAUGCCGGUGGUAGUCUUACAGCUGCAGUGAAUAUGAAAAGUGCAGUGACAGAAACCUCCUGUACUGCUUCAGAUGUAAUAUAUUUCUCUUUUGACAGCUUGGUACAAUUGGUACAGUUAUUUCCCAUAACUGACCAUUCUCCUGUGUUCCUGUUUAAGUGGGAUUUUAACAGGGUGGAAAGUUAACU